UGCAUCUUCCAGAUGUACAAACGAACAGGACCAAAAUGAACAUCAAUUUGCAUCUUCACUCAGAUGGAUCAUCUCGGUGAGCAAACGAAAAGCUCCUUACGAUUUCAAUUUUAGUUCUGUCACGUCAAAAAUGUAUGAAGAUGAACUAUUUUUUCGUGGAAAAGACAAGGAAAGAAAAAAAGAAACAGUGAAAUUAACGCGUUUUAGUCUGAAAGCAUAUGGCUAUUGUGGAAAUAUAUUGGCCAGAAAGUCAAGAAAAGUGAAGGUUCAAUCAACAUCACACCAGAAGCCAAAACUAAAUGUCAAUUCGAAUUUAUGUAUUUUUGUUAUUAUAAACGUCAACUCUCUUAUAGUCUAUGCUAAGUCACAAUAAAGAGACAUAACCACACUCGGGACCUCCCUCGCUGAUUAAACUUUUGCUUUAGCUAGCAAGUGUUCUUCAGGAAAGAUGCAGCCCAUCUUCAAUGCGAUCAUUCAGAACGACAUUCCAGCUUUUCUGGGGUUGGUGGAAGAGAAAGAAUCGUGGCUGGAGGAGAGAAACGUGGACCAAGACCACAGCACGGUGUUGCACAUGGCUGCGAAGCAUGGGCAUGGAGAACUUGUCUCCAAGAUUAUUGAGCUCAAACCUUCCCUCAUCUUUUCCCGCAACGCACACGGAAACACACCGUUGCAUCUCGCUGCUCUCCUCGGAGACGUGAACACAGUUAGGACGUUGUUAGAGUUUGGAUCGGCAAUGUGUUCCGCACGGAACAACAACUGCCAAACACCCCUCCAUUUAGUUUGCCGCAGCAUUUCCACGGAGUCUGCCAGAUUAUUUGCGGAAAAGACACAUUCUGUCAGCCUCGAUGAACUCAAAUUUUCCAUAUCAAGUGGAUCAACAUUUGUUACAAGGAUAGUGCUGGAGAGAUUCCCAUACCUAGCUAGGGAAUUAGCGUGGGUGGUGGAAGACUCGCUAACGACGCUAUUGCAUCACGCGUGUGAUAGAGGAAACCUUGAACUGAUAAGUAUAUUACUAGGGCUCGAUCAAGGAUUAGAAAAAGCUCGUAACACCAAUGGUUUAUCGCCUUUGCAUCUGGCGGUCCUGAGAGGCCCGGUUGUUGUCCUAGAAGAGUUCCUGGAAAAGGCUCCAUUGUCCUUCAGCUCUCUCACGCGAUCGAAGGAGACUGUCUUUCAUCUCGCUGCACGAAACAAAAACGUAGAUGCCUUCAUUUUCAUGGCAGAGAGACUGAGCAUUAGCAACCAAAACCUUAUGCGGGAAGUAGAUGUUAAUGGUAAUACGGUCUUACAUAUCGCGGUUUCCAUGUCUUGUGGUGCUCCGCUGCUACGAUACAUUGUUGGUAAGAAGAUAAUAGAUAUCAACUACAGGAACAAGAUGGGUUUUGCAGCUUUCCACCUUCUCCCUCAAGAUGCCGAAGACUUUGAGUUAUUAUCAACCUUGCUGAGGUUGGAUACCAAGCUGGAUUCUGAUCAGAGCAUUGAAGAACAAGGUGAGCACUCUAAUCCAUACAAUAAACGAUCUCAAGAAGGCGUUAAAUCUUUAGAUAUCCCUGGAAGCUCAAAAGAGAACGAGGUAAUACGGUUGCUUAGGUUAAUCGAAACGAACACAUCUAAGAUAGCACAUAUUAAACGAAACAAUAAAGAGGCAGUUGAAAGAGGUCGUAGAAGCUUGGAACGUGAGAUGCAUAUAGAAGCAUUACAAAAUGCAAGAAAUACGAUUGCUAUAGUGGCAGUUCUGAUUGCUUCAGUUUCUUAUGCGGGUGGGAUUAACCCUCCGGGCGGCGUCUACGAAGAUGGGCCAUGGAGAGGGAAAUCGAUGGCAGGCAACACGGCAGCGUUUAAAGUCUUUGCAAUAUGCAACAACAUCGCGCUGUUCACUUCAUUGUGCAUCGUUAUUCUUCUCGUUAGCAUUAUACCUUACAAGAGGAAACCCUUGAAGAGAUUACUGGUGGCCACGCACAGGAUGAUGUGGGUUUCUGUAGGGUUCAUGGCAACGGCUUAUGUUGCAGCGUCUUGGGUGACCAUACCACAUUUUCAUCAAACAAGAUGGUUAUUUCCCGCCAUUGUUUCCGUUGCUGGUGGAUCUUUGGUGGUACUCUUUUCCUAUCUUGGAGUUGAGACCAUUGGUCAUUGGUUUAAAAAGAUGAACCGUGUAAGAGAUAUACCUCCCAUUGCAAGUACCAGCCCAGAUCAUCCCAAAGUGUCUUCCUUUGCAAGGACCAACUCUGAUUUAGCUGCCUCCGAACUCUCAGGCUAUUUCACCUAUUGAAUCUAUGGGAACUUCCCACUACCUAUUGAAUCUUAGAUUUCCUUAUUGCUUUAGAGACAUAUGUAUGUGUAUAAAUAUCAGUGUUUUGAAACCAACCCAGACAAUGAACCAGACAACUUAUUGGGUCACCGGGUUAUUGGGUCGACCGCGGACAAACUUCAGGUUGAUAAAAUAAAUCAAUUUUGUUAUAUAGUAAUAUAUUAGUUAUUGGAAAAUAUAAGAAAUGUUUUAUGUGUUAAAAAAACAUUUGAAAAAAUACUUAACUUCAGUUUUCUUUAUAUUUAUUUUCAUUUCACAUACAAAAUAUCAAAAAAAUAGACUAUUUAACAAUUUUGAAACAACUUAAGAGAUAUGACAUAAAAUAAAAAUAUAUCAAGACUUAAUUUCUAUAAGUAUUAAAAUCGCUAAUGUGAAUAAUAAAAUUUAAAUUUAAAUCCAAAAUAAGCCAAAAUAAAAUAAAAUUGUAAUAAAUUAAAGAUAACAAAAAUAAAAUGAUGCUAAAUCACAUCAACUAGAUUUAUUAAUACAUUCAUAAUCCACAUGAUCAUAUAUAUGAUAUUUUAAUUUUUGAAGAAAACUAAAAACUUAACUUUUUAAUUAGAAUACAAAACAGAUUCUAAUAAUGUAACUGAAAAUUCAAGAAAAAAUAAUUUAAAGUUACAUAUUGGUUCAACCAAUGGUUCAACCGGUAGCCGAGUUUCGGGUUUAAAUGGGUUUUGGUGGGUUUUAGCCGGUUUUUAAAUAAUGAUUUUUUUUAAAACCCAAACCGGAUUACAUAUCGGGUCACCAGGUUUACCGGUUCGACCGCCUCGGAUUUCAAAACACUAAUAAAUAUAAUACCACUAGGUGUUUUGUCCGAACAUGCAUUCAUAAUCGUCUUACAAAUAUUGAUUAGUUUAUAUCUUAUUAAUUCAAAUGUUCUCAAAAAGUUUAAAUCAAACAUAAAAGUAUUUAUAUAUGACAAAGUUUUUCAUCAAAUAUAUAUAUAUGCUUAUUAUUGAGUCGAAAUUUUUAAAACACUCACAUGUUAAAAAUAUUUUUAUACAAAUGUUUUAUCUAACUAUUAUUUAAUUAUAAAAAAAUUAAUCUAAAUUUUUAAGUUCUAUAAUAAAAAUGUUAUUUUCAAAUAACAAAAAUAUAUAUAUAAGAAUAAUCUUAUUUUUUUUAAAUUUUGAUUUACAGUAAAUAAUUAAUUUCACCAAUGUUUUGAAAUAGUUGAGCAAAUCUCUUAUGUUUUAAAAUAUUCAAUUUUUUUUUCUUUGCAAGUUUGUUUUUUGUAUGUUUCUCAUACGACAUGUAAUCGAGUAUUGCUUUAGUAUCGAUAGAACAUAAACACGAGUUUUUGUGGUAACACAUAUAAGCAAAAUUUACAAUUGUUAGAAAACGUAUUUUUUAAAAUAAGAAAUUAUAUAUGCUAUCGAUGAGCUUAUAUUAACAAAAUCUAAAAAUUUAUAACCUUUUUGAUACCAAAGUUAUAGAUAUAAUCCUUUCAUGACAUAUAAUAGAAGAAUUUAUUUAUAUAAAUUAA